AUGAUGUAUGAUAGAUUAGGGUUUAUGUUGGUUGGUUGUUUGGAUGUUUUACGUGUUGAUUUUGAGUUAUCAAUGGCACGUAAUGUAUCAUACAUGCUUAAUUUGUAUCAUACAAGUAACUCAGUGAAAGCGAAGAAGACUGUGAUGUCUCCGGAGAGAGUGAUUUUGAAGAAAGUGAUGAUGAAAGACAAGGAUGAGUUUGCUCUUAAGAUUGUUUGUGUUGAAUUUAAGUGCUCAGCGGUACUUAUUUCACUAAUUCAAAUAGAUCAAUUAACAAGUCUGCGUGUUGAAGAUUUUCGGGAACCCCACGAGUCGGGCAGAGUCAUAACGCAGCAUUCCUUCUCGAUCACGCCCACAAUUGAUAUCCAAUCCCGGGGUGAAGUAACAACAUUCGCGCUCGCGCAUCCAGGCUCGAACACAAUGGACAGAGAGCAAGAGAGAUUAGAGCAGGCCAUGGUAUAUGUAGAUACAUGCUUAGCAGUGGACAACAUCGUCCAGAUCUUCGUGGACGACUUCAAAUACAAACUGGACCCUAAUGUAAGCCACAAUGUUUCAAAACUGGACACAGAACGGCUGGCCCUGAUGAACGGUAUCCUUAAGAAUGAUGAUGGAAUGGACAUGUACAACCAGAUUAGAGGAAUUCUUCGAGAAGCUGAGGAGAUCGUCAACACUUACGUACUUCAGGCCGCCGCGUCCAAGGUUUAUAACCAGUUCACCGGUUUUGUGGUGUCUCCGGAUGUGGUAAGACGGUAUGAAGAAGUUCUUCUCAAAGUUAAGAAAACUAAGGAGGACUUGUUGAAGAAUGGAUCUGAUAAAUACAUUAACACAAAGUGGGAGAAAGGUAAACACUUGGGAAGUGGUUCAUUUGGAUCAGUGUUUGAAGCGCUUUCUGACCAGGGGUUCUUUUUCGCGGUAAAAGAAGUAUCUUUUCUUGAUCAAGGGGAAAAAGGAAGAAAGAAAAUUAGCCUACUGGAAAAGGAAAUUGCUCUUUUGAGCCGGUUUAAACAUGAGAACAUAGUGCGGUAUCUUGGCUCCCAAAAAGAUGAACAGAAUCUUUACAUCUUUCUUGAGCAUAUGCCUAAAGGAUCGCUUAAGAGUAUUUACAAGGACUACGAGCUUCAAAACUCGCAAGUCUCUACCUACGCAAGACAAGUUGUACAGGGGUUGAAAUAUAUUCAUGAUAAGGGCGUUAUUCAUGGGGACAUCAAAUGCGACAAUAUACUGGUAGAUGUAUAUGGAUGUGCAAAACUCGCUGAUUUUGGUCUUGCGAAGUUCACUGAACUAAAUGAUGGCAACUUUCGCACGGGAACUCCACGUUGGAUGGCUCCUGAGGUUGUUAAAAACCAAGGAAAUGUUCUAGCAUCUGACAUAUGGAGCCUUGGUUGCACUGUGUUGGAGAUGUUAACUCGUGAGUAUCCGUACGCAGAUGUAAAGGAUUGUGAGCUGCUCUUCCGCAAGAUAAUAGGCGGUGAACUACCAGGUACUCCUGAGAAUCUCUCUUCGGAUGCAAAGGAUUUUAUUGUCAAAUGCCUACAAUAUGACCCAAAUGCGCGGCCAGAUGCGGCUAAACUCUUGGAACAUCCAUUUGUAAACAAACCACCUUCUUCCGAAUCUCGUUUCAGUGGGAGUUCUUCAUCUUCGGCAAUGGCCCAUGGGGUUUGA